UUUUGGUAUUUAAAGUCUUUAAACGGAUCCGAAUCAUUUGCUACUUUUCUUACGCGCCCGUUGCUAUCGCUAUACAUUCCGCCAUUUAUUUACAAACAAAUAAUCACACGUACUAACUUAGGAUAGGAUAGUUUGUAAUAGUGUUCUAGCAAUGGGCAUUCUGGAUUAUUAUGUAUGCCUUGGGCUAAAACGAUGUGCAAGCAACACAGAUAUAAAGAAGGCAUAUAGGAAAUUGGCAUUGAAAUAUCAUCCUACCAAAAAUCAUGAUCCCGAUGCAGAGGAAAAAUUCGAGCAACUGGCAGAGGCAUAUGAUGUUCUCAGUAAUGAUAAGCUCAGAGCUGUGUACGACCAGUUUGGAGAGGAGGGGUUAACAAGAGGUGUGCCACUGAUCAGCGAUGAUGAUGGUACCAGCUUUACUAUGGGAUACACCUUCCAUGGGGAUUCUCGGAAAGUAUUCAGUGAUUUCUUCGGUGGAUGUAAUCCUUUCUCAGACUACUUUACGGGCAUAGUGCCCGACGCGGUGACAGGGGCGGGGGGACUGCACGGUCGGCAUGCAGCCUGUAAGCAGGACCCACCUGUGCACAGAGAGUUGGCUCUAUCCCUAGAGGAGUGCUUCCACGGAUGUACGAAGAAGAUGAAGAUAGCUCGCAGGGUCAUGAAUGGAGAUGGACACACGUCAAGCAUCAGAGAGAAGAUCCUCACAAUCCAUGUUAGGCCAGGCUGGGAGGCAGGCACCGCCAUCAACUUCUCCAAGGAAGGUGACCAAGGCCCGAACAGCAUCCCUGCCGACAUAGUCUUCGAGACAGUUGACAAGCCACACCCGAGAUUCCGACGUGUUGGGAGGGACCUUAUCUACACGGCUCAGGUCUCCCUAGGGGAGUCUCUAACAGGCUGCAGCGUUGAAGUACUCACCCUGGAUGACAGAACUCUGCGCAUACCUAUCAAUGAUAUUGUACAGCCAGGCUACACUAAGAGGGUUCCUGGUGAGGGCAUGCCAACUACAUGCAAGCAGGUGGGCAGCAAAGGACAGCUGAUCAUAGAGUUCAAUAUCAAUUUCCCCACCAGACUGUCACAGGAACAGAAGCAGCUGUUGAGAAAAGCACUGAUCCAAUGAGUGUGGGUAAAGGAGGCUGUAGUUCUAAGAGGAGGGAAGAUUUGAGGAGUGCAAUAUUUCACUGUGUUAGUGUACCCCGUUUUGUCUGCAUACAUCUAUGUAGUUGCAAUUGUUAGUACACAGGGAACUUGUUAAUAAUCUUUUUACAUGAACCCACAAGUAGAAACUUGUGCUAGCAUGCGAGGCUGGAUGUGUCAUCCAGCCUUUAACAAGCACCCUGCAUAUAACUAGUUGAAGCUGUCUGUGUAUUUAUGUCGUUACUGUCAUUAAUAAGACGUCAAGUGAACCACUGAAGGCUGCUUAUUACUGUUGUAGCUGCAAUAAGCAGUUAUGCAUAUGUAAAGAAAACAGUUGGUUAUAUAAAGCAAGUUAAACUCUUUAAUUUUUUACAUUAUAAAACAUUAUUGCUGUACAUAACAGUAACUUUCUAGAAAAUCUAGAUAGUUUUAUGUGAGUUUUGAAUAAAAAAGCCACACAUAGGUAACAACAUUUCCUUAGUUCAUACGUUAUACACUGUGCCAAUUGAAACAUACCAUCUGGGGGUUUCUACUAAAAAACAACCAAAGCAGCUAACUCUGUUCACGUGUCCAAAUUUAUCCAACAAGGUAAUCCUCGUUUCCAGUUGCCGAGACAUUUGCACGUGAUUUCCUGCU